AUGCCCCGCCGCCGCCGCGCCGGCCCCCGGCCCGCGGGGGCGGAUAUAACCGCGCGGCGGGGCCGGGCUCGGCGCCAGCCGCGCGGACCCGCCGAGCCGGAGGGAGCCGGAGCCGGAGCCGCCGCCGCCGCCGGAGCCGCCCGGCAGCGCGCCCCGCUCCGGGGCUCGGGGCUCGGGGCGCCGCGGAGCCGCGGAGCCACCGCCCGCCCCGGCGCGGGAUGGCGGAGCCCUGCGAGCCCGGUCCCUGCUCGCCGGCCGCCGGCGCCAAGGCGGGAGCGGACGGCGACCUCUGGGACAUGUCGCUGAGUUUCCUGGAGGGCGCCCCGGCGGGCAACCGGAGCAACGUGUCCUUCCUGCAGCUCCUCCGCAACAUCAACCUGGAGCGAGCCGACGGGAUGCAGGGGGACAGCUCCGACGUGGUGCGGAUCGUCAUCUCCCUGGUGUACUCCGUGGUGUGCGCCCUGGGGCUGGUGGGCAACCUGCUGGUGCUCUACCUGAUGAAAAGCAAGCAAGGCUGGAGAAAGUCCUCCAUCAACCUCUUUGUGACCAGCCUGGCAGUGACUGACUUCCAGUUUGUGCUGACCUUGCCCUUCUGGGCAGUGGAGAACGCACUGGACUUCAACUGGCUCUUCGGCAAGGCCAUGUGCAAGAUAGUCUCCUAUGUGACGGCCAUGAACAUGUAUGCCAGUGUCUUCUUCCUCACCGCCAUGAGUGUGGCUCGCUACCGCUCUGUGGCUUCAGCCUUGAAGAACCAGCGGCGAGGUGACCCGCUGGGCGGCUGCUGCUCAGCCAAGUGGCUUUGCGCACUCAUCUGGGUGUCAGCUAUCCUGGCUUCCCUGCCCCAUGCCAUUUUUUCCACCACUGCCACCGUCUUUGAUGACGUGCUCUGCCUUUUGAAGUUCCCCGAGGGCCGCGGCAGCAAUGCCCAGUUCUGGCUGGGGCUGUACCACAUCCAGAAGGUGCUGCUGGGCUUCGUGGUGCCGCUGGCCAUCAUCAGCCUGUGCUACUUGCUCCUGGUGCGUUUCAUCAGCGACAAGCAUGUCGGCAGCACCUGCAGUGGCCCCAGCACCAAGCGCCGCUCCAAGGUGACCAAGUCAGUGUCCAUCGUGGUGUUGUCUUUCUUCUUGUGCUGGCUGCCCAACCAAGCGCUCACGCUGUGGGGCGUCCUCAUCAAACUCAACGUGGUACACUUCAGCACCGAGUACUUCCUCUCCCAAGUGUACCUCUUCCCCAUCAGCGUGUGCCUGGCGCACUCCAACAGCUGCCUCAACCCCAUCCUCUACUGCCUCAUGCGCCGGGAGUUUCGCAAGGCACUGAAGAGCCUCCUCUGGAGGAUCACCUCGCCCUCCCUCACCACCAUGCGCCCUUUCACUGACACCACCAAGCCUGAGCAGGAGGAGCAGGCCCUGCACGCCUUGGUGCCCGUCCACCCCGUCACUGCUUCCUUGCCCGCUGCUGCUGUCCAGCCCGAGCUGGCCUACUACCCGCCGGGGGUGGUGGUGUACAGCGGCCGCUACGACAUGCUGCCCACCGGCUCCUCUGAGCAGCGCUGCUGAGAGCGGCAGCGGGCACUGGGGGUGGGACUGGGGGGGGUGUCUGUGAAGGAUGUGGCCCUGGGACAUUGAGUGCUUGGAGGGACAAGUGGAGGGAGGAACAUAGGUAAAGGAGGACUUCUGGGUGGGAGAUGCUCUUCAGGGAUUGUGUCUGCUCUCAGAGGCUUGUGAAUGAAAACUGUCCUCUUGAAAGUGUCUAGAGAACAAGAGUAGGAGAUGGUUGUGGUGCCCAUGGGAUAGGGGUGUCUCUAGAAGAUGAUCUUGAGCACUUGUACUUGUCCCAGGGAAGAGGAACGGGGAGGGUGAUGGGCCCAAGCUGCUGGCUCCAGGAAGGAUGCAGGAUGUGCAGGGCACCGUGGGAAGAAAGCGGCUGAGACUGGGAAGUCUCGGCUGUGUCCCCCCCCUGCGCUCCAGCCUGGGGCUGCAGGCAGCGAGGGGCCAGCAGCCCCCUGAGGGUGCGCGUGUGUUUUUGGGAGAGGGAGCUGGGUUCUUUCUCCCUGCCGCAGGGUGGCCCAGCAAGCGCUGCCAGCCUGGCUGUGGUCACUGCUCCCUGGGCUCCAGCGAGGACAGGGACGGGGCAGCCCGUGUCCCGCUGCACACCUGCCCCGAUGGGAGCAGCCAGGACAAGUGGGUCUGAGUCUCCUGCUUGCUCAGGUUUGGCCACUUUGCCCUCUCUUAGGGCGCCAGGAAAGUGCUGCCGGCCUUUGGCAGAGCAAGAGAGGGGCCGGGGAGCACUCUGCUCCCUGUCCGCCCCUUCUGCUUUGCAGCUUCCCCCAUCCCCAUUUGCAGGAUACUGAGCAAACCAGACAGCCAAGGAGAAACCCGAGGAUGGGAAUUUCAGCUGCGUGGAGAGGUGUUGCUUUGCCUGGGUUGGGAGGGGAAGGUAUGAGCCCCCCGGCAUCAUGGUCCCCAGCCUCCUCCCUGGCUGCAGAGGGGAAACCCACGACCCAAACCGUGUGCGGCAAAGCAGGUGUCUCCACUGGGGCGCUGAAGUGGCAGGGUUUCUUCUUGCUGUGCUUCAGACUGGUAAUUCACCCCAGGUAAUCAGCACAACUGUAAAUAAAAAAGGGGGAUAGGGGGGUGGGGGAAAGCAGCCACUUCAAAUUAUUUGCUCCAAGAUACUUCUGGGCUCAGCUAAAACUGAGCCACGAAGGUUUGUGUUCUGCAAAAACGCUUGUAAAGGGUCUGCAUUGAUGCUUGCUCAAUUAAUGCAAGUUCAAACCCUCUGGUGUGAGCAGCCUCAGAGCCUGCAGGUCGCUGCUCUCAUGCGCAGGAGAAGGGCAGGGACAGAGGAUUGUCCCGUUGACUGUUCCAAAGAAAAAAAUGGGGAAAUAAUUUGGGGUUGAUCUGAAGUGAGCUUUUAACGGCAUGAAAAAAAGUAUCGUUUCAAGCUGUGAAAAUUCUUAUGGCAAGGCUAUAUAUUUCUUUUUAAAAUGUUUUUAAAAAAUUAAGACACUAACAUUAAUUGUUAAAUUAUUAACUUUAAUUUUAAAUGGAAAGGUCAAAAAUACUUCCUUUAAAAGAUGCAGAAAUUGAACAGUUCUGGUUUUCCUGCCAAAAUGCAAGUUCUUUAAUACCUCAAAACUGCAUGUGGGAUGAAUAUAUGAACACAGCAUUUGUAACCUCUCUCUAUUCCCUCCCCUCCCUGCUCCCGCAGCGGAAUUCCAACAUUUGUCCAACUCUGCUAAGAAACCUUUCUGCAGAGGGCUGUUUGCCACCUCUAAAUACAGAUACAGAGCAAGCUUGCUAUUUCUGUCCAGGCAAAAUUGCACUGCUAUUAGUGGCAAUUAUGCUUUGCAGACUCCUUUAGGUUUACUGCACAUCAGUAAUUGCUGUUGUAGAAUUCAGGUUUGGGGUGGAAGCAGCAGGCUCUGCUGCUUGCAACGAGAAGCCGCUGUUUCUUUCUCAAGGCAGCAAAGACUUUCACCACAGCCUUGGGUGUUUGCUACCUGGGAAGGUGCUGCGGUUUUGCAAGGUGUCUGGAGAAGAACCACCGAAGUGAGCUGGCAGCUGAUGGACCUAUUUGUACAAAUGCAAAGACUCUGAAAAUCAUUGUGUGAAGAUGUAUCCACAGAAGAACUUGGGGACCUAAGCACUGUACAACUGCCCCUCUAGGUUCCUAAAUCCUGAGCAGCUGCUGACUGAGAUCUGUAGGUACUUUAAAGUUUUGUUGGUUUUUUUUUUUCCAGUAAAAUUUCUUGUGCCUAGAA